CCGCCCCUCCGAUCGGGUUGUGUAACUCAUUCUCGGGUGGGCUGUGCCUGUUAUGAAAGCUGUUACAUACUGACUUUUUCAGUGUUGACUCUCCGGUGGAUUAAUUGCAAAACGUAGAAACAGUUUGCCGUCUCGUCCCAAGGGAAAUUAAUCCUUCUACAGAUCAAUUAAAUUGAUCGAUUGGGAGUUCCCAAUGGCCAAGAUAAAUUUAUGGAGGACUUGCCUCCUGGUCUUCACCUUAGUGGUCUACAUCAUCACUUUGAUUCUGAACGCUCUUGCAGGGAACGGACCAGAAUCAGGUAUUUUUCUUCAGACUGUUGGAAAUUUAUCAAGAAAGUACUACACUGAAUUCACCCCUGCAGGAUGGACAUUUUCUAUAUGGGGAAUCAUUUAUACAUGGCAAGCUGUGUGGCUUGUCUAUGUUCUCAUUGGAUUAUGUCAAAGUAAUACCUUGACAUGGAUGCCUUCUGUGCUGCCUUGUUUGUUUUACAUAAUCUGGAUUAUAAACAACCUUUUGAACAUAGGCUGGCUCUUUCUUUGGGACAGAGAGCACAUUAUACUUGCCCUCAUUUUCCUGGCAUUAAUCGCUUUCACAAAUUAUGUGGUUCUUUUCUUCUGUUAUCGUGGCCUAUUUACACAGGGUCCUUGGCUUCAGGAGUACAGAAAGGUUGAUUUGUGGCUUGUCAGAAUACUGGUACAGAAUGGAAUAGCUGUUUAUGCAACAUGGACAACCAUAGCCACACUACUUAAUUUUGCAGUUGUACUGACUUACAGUGCGAAUAUUUCCACGGUAACAUCUGGUACAACUUGCCUUUCUCUCCUGGCCAUCGAAGUAGUCUUAUGGUUUGGGUUGGAAAAUUUUGUGUUUGAUAAAUAUGUGCGAUACACACUUACAAUCUACCCUGUUAUCAUUGUGGCAUUAUCAGGAUCUCUGGACAAUCAUUACAAUGCCACCUCACCAACCAGGAACAACAUUUAUAUCGCUGUGCUGCUGGCCAUAGCCUGCAUCGCCUUUGUAGCACGCGUUGCCAUGGUUACUUGGCGUCAUUUCAAAUGCCCUCUCUAUCAGAGCACAGAGAACUGACUGGAAAAGUGAUGCAAGAAAAGUGAAGAUAAAAUGUAUCCAUUUAGAGCAAUAGUUCUCUUCAAGCUGUUUAAGAAACAAUAGGAAUAGAAAUAUAAUCAUUGCUGAUUAAAUUCAAGAACCCUCACUCCGCUUGUCUUUCCAGGCUGUGCUGAUGUACAGGCUCCUCACUUUAUCAGCUGAAACUUGAUUCCAUUUCAUCUGGUGAAAUAAUUGAGGGAAACUCAUGUUGGCAAUUGGAUCAAUUAAAGUUUGCGAAUGUUUGUGCAUUAGGGCCUAAAUUUUGCUGCGGGUUGUUGGUAAUGGAUUACGGGAGCUGGGGAAUAGUCAGCCUUCAUGGUUCGUUUGCACAGCUGAGAACCAAAGGCGUUUUUUGUACAUGUUUGCAAGUAGAAACAGAAGAACAAAGCUGAAGAUCUGCAUUUUAUUCAAGAGCUUGGCUUCAUUUUUAUUUUAUAACUGUCCUUGUCACCACUAGAUUCAUUCAGACAAAAUAAAUGGUUUAAUAA